GCACAAAACACGUUUCUUAAAUCAAUUCCCAAUUUCCAACUAAUAAUGGCUGAAUUUACCGAAGAAAGCAGCAGAAAAAAUGGUUUAAAAAAAUUUUCAAUUUCUUAUCACCGAGUGAAAACAAAAAAAAAAUCCCCAAAUCCAGACAAAAUGUCAAAUUCACCAAAUAGAAACCCUAACCCUAACCGCAGCCCCACUUCUGACCAGACCACAAAAGUUUUGAGGUCACCGCAAACAAAUAAUCAUAGAACAAGGGCAGUUAGCUCGCCGGACGUCUUAUACGAGGAACAAGCUCUGAAGCAUGUUAUUGUCAGGAUGCAGCAGCAGCAUCACCCUUCUCUGUCUUCUACGCCGUCCCCAUCUCCUCGGUCCGAGUCUGAUUUCUCGCCCUUUUCGCUGGACUCUCCCUCCCCUGAUUACACUUCCCUUCUCUCCGACGAGCUCCUUCUUGGAAUCUUCUCCAAGCUUCCUAUCUCGCAGCACGUCUCUAAUUCCUUGGUGUGCAAGAGGUGGUUGAGGGUUCACGGCCGUUUGGUGCAGUCCCUCAAGCUCACGGAUUGGUCGUUUCUCAGUUCCGGUCGGGUUUUUCAGCGAUUCCCUAAUCUCGCUGAGAUUGACAUAAUUCGGUCGUGUAUUCGGAUGCCGAGGAACUCCGGGAUUUUUGUCACCCGCAAUUCCUUGUCUGUUUAUGUUGAUACCGAUUUUACUUCAAAUGGGUUAGUGGAAGAAAAGGCGCUGUUACCGUCUAAUUUGGUUGAUUAUGGGCUCAAAAUGAUAGCUGACAAGUACCCGAAUUUGAGGAGGAUUUUGGUGAUUGGGGCCAGUGAAGAUGGGUUGUCGAGUAUAGCUGAGCAGUGUCAGACAUUGCAAGAACUGGAAUUGCAUUGUUGUGGGGAUUUGUCUUUGAAGGGUAUUUCUGGGUGCAGAAAUUUGCAGGUGGUAAAGUUGAUUGGGUGUGUUGAUGGGUUCUACAAUUCAGUGGUUUCCGAUAUUGGGUUAACGUUAUUGGCGCAUGGUUGCCGGCGGCUUGUGAAGCUUGAGCUAUGUGGAUGUGAAGGGAGUUAUGAUGGGAUUAAGGCAAUUGGACAGUGCUGUCAAAUGCUUGAAGAAUUGAGUAUCUGUGAUCAUAGGAUGGAUGGAGGGUGGUUGGCAGCACUUUCGUUUUGUGGGAAUUUGAAGACUCUGAUGCUCAAGUCUUGUAAGACUAUUGAUAAGAGUCCCGGAUUAGAUGAGCAUUUAGGGUCUUGUUUCACUCUUGAAGAGCUACAUUUACAGCGGUGUCAAAUACGAGAUAAGCAGAGCUUGAAAGCAUUGUUUUUGGUCUGUGAGAACGUCAAGGAGAUUAUUUUGCAGGAUUGUUGGGGUUUGGAUGAUGAAGCAUUUGGCCUAGCCAGCAUUUGUAGGCGAGUGGAUCUACUUUCUUUGGAAGGAUGCUCAUUAUUGACAACAAAAGGUUUGGAGUCAGUAGUUCUUUCUUGGAAGGAGCUUCAGAGAUUAAGAGUGGUAUCAUGUAACAACAUUAAGGAUGUAGAAGUCACCUCUGAACUAGGGUUUUUGUUUUCUGUUCUCAAGGAGUUGAAAUGGCGACCAGAUACCAGAUCGCUCCUCUUAUCAAAUCUUGGAGACACUGGAUUGGGAAAGAAAGGUGAUAGGUUCUUCAAGAGGUCAAAGGGUUGAAUAUUGUUGGCUGAUGAUGUCUGGCAUUGCAUAUGACUUGUAUGGAAGCUGCAAAAGGUUUACAUAACAUGACAUACUCUGCAAACUCUGUGCUAACUGAAUUAUUUAGCUCAGACUUUUAGCAUGAAAAUAACAGAGGACUUGUACGAUUCAUGCCAGCUGAAAAUAACCAACAUACAAAGAAUUCUGACUCUGCUCCACUCCAUCUCCUUGUAUGUCGGGUUUCUAGUCAACCUAGGCGACAAUAAUUUACCAAUGUAUUUUAGCGGUAGUAUCUCUCUAGCAUUUGAUUGAGGUUAGAUAUCAUAAAUUUCAUCCUGACUUGUUAAUUAGUGUAAAAGCAAGCAAUAAUGUAGUUUAGACCUCAUUUUUUAACUCAUGGUUUACAGCAUGUCAAGGUAAUCAAAUUUGCAAAUUUCUUGCAAAUUUCUUCUGUACUAUAGUUAUUUGUUAUUUUCUGCUUGUAUGUAUCUUUCUGAAUGAGACUGCUCUUCAUAAUGUUGUU